AUGAUGGAAAGAAUUGAAUUGAAUACUAAUAUAUUAAGAAAUAAAAAAUGCAAAUUAGCUGGUAAUCCUAAGGUAGGUUGGUUAUGUAAUAAAAAUGGUUUACUUUUAAAAACAUAUAGGUGGCUAGUUAAAAAUGCUACAGGAAUUAUAGUGCUAAUACAUGGAUUCAAAGGUGAUACUCAAUUAACUUUUAUGAGAAAAAAAGUAAAAAUUAUAUAUGGCAAUGAAGGAAUAAUGGUAUACGAUGAUGGAUAUAUUUAUAAAGAUAGUUGGAUUGAAAAAUUUAAUCGAAAUGGUUAUUCAGUAUAUGGACUAGAUUUGCAAGGACAUGGCGAAUCACAAUCAUUGGGAAAAAAAAGAAACGAUGUUAAUUGCUUUGAUGAUCUAGUCGGUGAUGUAAUACAAUAUAUGAAUCAAAUUCAAGAUGAAAUUUCAAAUGAAAAUCAACUGGAUGAUGAUAUCUCAAAUGAUGAAUCUUAUGAUAUAGUAACGACUAAAAAAAAGAAACUUCCUAUGUAUAUUGUUGGACAUUCGAUGGGAGGAAAUAUUGCUUUAAGAAUAUUACAAUUAUUAAAUAAAGAAAAAGAAGACAUGAUUAAGGCGUGUAAUUCAAAUAACUAUAAAAAGUGUAACACCAUGCUAAGUAAUUCUACUAGCACUAAUGAAAUUGGCAAUGAUAUGAAUAAUUCUAAUGAUUAUGGUUUCGAUAAUUCCUAUGCUAGUACCUCUGCUACGCCAAAUGAUAUUUCUAGCCCCAGUGGUAAGCAUGAAGGAUGUUGUAAUUAUUUAGAUAAAUUAAAUAUUAAAGGUUGCGUGUCUUUAGCUGGUAUGAUAAGAAUAAAAGCACCAUUGGAUUCUGGAAACAAAUUAUUUAAGUAUUUUUAUUUACCUAUAAUAAACUUCGCGUCUCGUAUCGUACCUCAUGCACAACUUUUUGUAAAAUUCCGCAGUUGUAAAACGCCAAAAUUUUAUAUUAAUAUACGUAAACAUAAUGAAUUUGCAAAUAAUGAUGGAAUAAAAUUAAAAUGUGUAUAUGAGCUCAUAAAAGCAACGGUCACAUUGGAUCGUAAUAUUAAUUAUAUGCCAAAAGAUAUUCCUAUAUUAAUUGUGCAUUCAACAGAUGAUGGUGUUUGUUCUUAUGAAUGGGCAUCAUCGUUUUAUAAUAAAGCAGAUGUUAUUAAAAAAGAAUUACAUUCUGUUGAUGAUAUGGAUCAUAUUAUAACGACAAACCCAGGAUAUGAAGCUAUUUUAAAAAAAGUUAUUGGUUGGAUUUCUGAUUUAAGAAUGAAUGAUAAAGAUGAAUAA